CCUAAAUUUUUUAAGCCAAACAAAAAAGAUUAUAGAUGGAUUUGGAUGAGGGUAUGAUCUGUUCAAGUCAGGCCAAGUCAGGUCUAGAGGCAAGAAAUGAUUGUGAGGGCUUUAUAAAAAAAGCAGCUUGGAAAAGCCUGGAAGAUCAUAACCAAAAAAAAAAAAAAAUGCUGUUUGCCAAAAACUCCAAAAAUGGCAGUUGACAUGCUUAUAGCAAUUCUCUUCAUCUUCUUUUUUCUGUGUCUUGGCCAUCGGCUUAAAAACAGAAACUCUUUGGUCACAAAUUGGCCUAUUGUUGGUAUGUUGCCAGCACUUGUUUCCAAUUCAGAUCGAAUCUUUGACUUUUUAACUGAUAUGGCUACAUCCCACGGCGGAACUUUCAAGUUCAAAGGACCCUGGUUUCCUAGCUUGGACUUUGUUGUCACUAGCCAUCCACUGAAUGUAAACCACAUUUUGUGCAGAAACCAUGGUAACUAUGAGAAGGGUCCAGAGUUCAGGGAAAUUUUUGAGCCCUUUGGAGAAGGAAUAGUCACUUCGGAUUCACAUGUAUGGAAAAGCCAAAGGAAAGUUUUGCAGUCACUCACGAAGAAUAACAAGAAGUAUGCGAUGUAUUUGGAUCGAAUUUUCUGGAAAAAGCUGGAGAAAAGUCUGAUCCCUGUCCUUGAACAUGUGAUGAAACUUGGAGUUGAAGUAGACCUUGAAAAUUUGCUUCAGCGGUUCGACUAUGACCACAUAUGCUUGUUAGCAUUAGGCAUCGACCCCAACACUCUAUCUGUUGAAUUUCCAAAUGUUCCAAGCAAAGUGGCCUUUGAUGAAGUAGAGGAGGUUUUGCUUUACAGGAAUCUAGUGCCUAAAAUGGUUUGGAAAAUCCAGAGAUGGCUUCAAAUUGGAGAGGAGAAAAAGUUAAGUAAAGGGUUAAAAAUCGUGGAUGAUUUUGUGUAUGGUUGCAUUUCAUCAAGACGAGAAAAGUUAAGAAGCGAAACAACAAUGGAAGACGAUGAUCAAUUCGAUUUGUUGACAGCUUUUAUGGUCGAAGAAGAAGGAUCAGAAAUGAGUGCUUUUGGAAAAUCUGACAAGUUCCUAAGAGACACUGCUUACAGUUUCGUAACAGCAGGGAAGGACACCAUAAAUAUUGGCCUGACUUGGUUUUUCUGGCUUAUUGCAACACAUCCAUCUGUUGGAAACAAAAUUUUGGAAGAGAUCAAAGCCAAUUCUCCAACAAGCAAUGAUGGGAACUUAGUCUCUUUUAGUGUGGAAGAGCUGAACAAAUUUGUUUACUUACAUGCUACCUUGUGUGAAACAUUGAGAUUAUAUCCACCAGUACCUGUCAAUAACAAAUCUUCAAUCGAAUCAGAUGUUCUUCCAAGUGGCGAUCGUGUCGGUCGAAACACAAGGAUCCUUCUUUCUGUCUAUUCAAUGGGAAGGAGUGAAGAAAUAUGGGGAGAAGACUACUUGGAAUUCAAACCAGAAAGGUGGAUUUCGGAGCUCGGAAAUAUUGUUCAAAAACCAUCUUACGUGUUCGUACCAUUUGGGGCAGGACCAAGAGUUUGUUUAGGCAAGGACAUGAGUUUCAAACAGAUGAAGACAGUGGUAAUUAACGUACUUCGGAAUUAUCAAGUUGAAUUGGUGGAAAACCAAACUGUUGCACUAAGCAGCAAGGCCAUUGCACUUCACACCGAACAUGGUUUGAAGGUGAGAAUCAAGAAGAGAUGCGUUUAACUAAUAGGAACUGAGUGAAAGAUAUGCUAAAUAAUGUUUCAUUGGAAGCCCUAGUUUGAAUGUUUCAGAAAAUAAGUUGUAGCAUAUAAAUGUAUUAAUAAGGCUGUUUUUAGCUAAAAUAAUAAUGAGAAUAAUUGGAUUUCUUAUGGAGGAGCUAUUGUUGAAAGAAAUGAGUUCUGAAAUUCGAUGAUGCAAUAGCAUUUAGUAGAACUGAAACCUUGAAUUGAAUUACAUCUUUAAGUGCAAAAUUGAAGUUCUGCCGAAAUACUCUGUGGAAUACUAACCCUAAGCAGCUGCAUUUGCGUUAUCAUCAUUCUUAUUAAGCAGCUGGUCAGGUCAGCCACAAUGAAGCAGACCUGAACCUUAUUCCUUGAACCUAGCUAGAAUCUAGAAGAGAGAAAGCAGAGACAUCCCAAAUUUAUCUUUGGCAUCCUUGUCAAGGGCAUCAUCUCCCAGAUACAUGUGGAUAUAGGCCCUGCAGAGAAGUUCACUCUCAACCUUGCUCACUACCUCACCCAUCACUGCAACCUUUGGAAACAAACAACUUUUUGUUACAUUUCUGUAUCUAACUAUACAUUUAAGCUAUCAGAAUACAGUAAUUCAUCUUUGAACACUCACCUGUUGUUUGAAGAACAUAUCCUGGAAGCCGAGAAAUUUCAAUGAGAGAACCUGGUGUUAGCUUGAUGUCGUCUGAUGCUUGUCCCAUGACCCUAUCAUCAACAGAAACAAGUAAUUUGAAGCGAGUUCGACUCAAAACUGAGUAGAAAUAUCAGUAAGAAGUGUAUAAUGGUUACUACUUGUUUGCUAGCUCGUCAUUCUUCUUCCCACCAGUUAGUUUUCUUAUGGAUGCUCCAAGACCUUCAUCAAAGUUCUUUCUCACCAUGCUCAUGGUGAGGCCAGAAAAUAAGAUAACUAAUCUCACCAUCAUCUCCACAUCACUGUCAAUAACGACCUGAUAGAGCUCCUUGGUUGGUUUUUCCGGGGCUUUGCCGACUUUUGACUUAACAGAUCUUUCAGUUUCUCAUUGUCUGUGUACACCCCUGUAAAAAUUGAAGAAUGAUAUGGCUUACUGUGCUGCAUUCAAGUUCUCUUAUGUGUAACGGGCAAAAUCAGUUAUGAAAAGUUCUUGAUUUCACCAUGGUGACUCUAAUUGGAUAAAUAUGCUCAAUGUAGAAGUUUGGACAAAUUUCCAUCUGAAUUCUAGGUGCUGAGAAGGAAAUUUACUUCAGUUAAUUGACUGUUUGAUUCACAUUCAGUUAGAUUAUUGAUCACGUUGUAGAAUAGCCAACAAGUUCUUCUUUGCUGUCUUGUCUUGAUAGGUACUAUGUUAGUAGUGACAUCAAACUGCUAUAUAAGGCUAACAGCUGUUAGUUUCAGUUGCAUAAAAUAUAAAACUUAGAUGAAUUAAAUACUUGGGAUUUUGCAGAAGUUUACCAAAGCCAUAAAUCUUGAUGCCCAUGCCAAGCAUAGACUUCUUCCUGAGAUCAACAGCGUUCAACUGCUUCCCAUCAUCCAAUUUAACUGGAAAAGAAACCCCAGUCUUCGGUUCAACUUCAACAGCCACCUCGUCUUUCUUUGCCUAUUCCUUUGGCACCUCAACUCCAGCUGUUUCGUUCUCAUGAACUUUCCCAUUGGUUUUGUCUUCAGCAGCCUUCAUCCCAUUUUCAGAGUCAACUUUCUCUGUUGGCAUCUCAUCCUUGGCAAUGACAUUCUCAGCAGUGCUUGCCAUUAAACUGUAACAACUUAACACAAAAGAAAAACAGUAAGAAGGUUAUGUUGGUUGGAAAUUUAAAGAGAACCAAUGGCUUUAUAUAGAUAGAAGAAGUAAAUGAAAGAUAAGAAAAUUUAAUUGGCAAUUUUUAGGCAUUUCGAUCUUACAGACCUACCUUGGUUUCAGCAUCAGAUAAGGGGAAGUUAAUUGUGCAAUUCAGUUAUUGAUUGACCCUCAAAGAAGCUACAUGAACCAGGCUAACAUUCACUCUUUUUCAUUUCUUCAUUUGGAAAGGAAUCACGCAUAUCAAUGGAGGCACAGACUCUUCUGCAAUGUUGACUCAUCUGAAAAUUAUUAAGUGCUUCUGAUGUUUCCAUUCAUUGUCAACUUUGAACUGCUCAAUCUUUUUACUUAUGAAGUUAAACAAAUGGCAACUUUACAACUUCAUAGAAUCUGAAAAUCUACCAAGCUCUUUGAGUUUACAAGGCAUAGAGGACAAAAUUCAAAAUUGUACGAGUCCCAACAUGGUCAUAUGAUGGAUUCCAUUUUCAUCCCAGAGGAUAGUUUCUUCCUUUAACAAUAAAAUCUUUUGACAAAAGA